GUCUUCAGUGUCACAUGAUCCUUCAGAAAUCAUUCUGAUAUGAUGAUUUGCUGCUCAAGAAACAUUUAUGAUUAUUAUCAGUGUUGAAAACAGUCAUAUUUCUGUGGAAAUUGUGGUACAUUUUAUUGAAUAGAAAGUUCAAAAGAACAGCAUUUAUUUGAAAUAGAAUCUUUUGUAACAUUAUAAAUGUCACUUUUGAUCAGUUUAAUGCAUCCUUGAUAAAUAAAAGUAUUAAUUUCAUUCUCAUAAACAAGUGAAGUGAUGUUUCGGUGAUGUAGUGCAUGUUUAGCUCAGAUUGAGCUGCUCUUCCAUAACGAGGCGGAUCAAUGGAUGUGUGUGUUCGGACCGUCCCAUCAGAGCUUUAAUGCAGUGACACGUCGAGUGUGUUCAGUCACAUCAGACACACACACGCGACCAUGAAGCAUCACUGCGCCAUCAAACACGGCGUCUUCAAAGAGUUCCUGGCCGAGUUCCUCGGGACCUUCGUGCUGGUGUUGUUCGGCUGCGGGUCGGUGGCACAGACGGUGUUGAGCAGAAACACUCUGGGAGAACCGCUGACCGUCCACAUCGGCUUCAGCACCGGACUCAUGAUGGGCGUCUACGUGUCCGGCGGCGUGUCGGGCGGUCACCUCAAUCCGGCCGUGUCUCUGGCAAUGGUGAUCCUGGGGAAGCUGAAGAUCUGGAAGUUUCCCAUCUAUGUGACGGCGCAGAUGCUCGGGGCGUUCGUUGGCGCGGCCGCGGUGUUCGGACUGUAUUACGAUGCCUUCAUGGAUUUCACCAGCGGGAUCCUUUCCGUGACGGGAAUCAACGCCACAGGACACAUCUUUGCGUCGUAUCCGGGGAGACACCUGACCGUCCUGGGCGGAUUCGUGGAUCAGGUGGUGGGAACGGGAAUGCUGGUGCUCUGUAUCCUGGCCAUCGUGGACGGGAGGAACAUCGGCGCUCCGAAAGGCGUGGAGCCGCUGGCCGUGGGUCUGAUCCUCCUGGGCAUCAGCGUGUCGAUGGGGCUGAACUGCGGUUACCCUCUGAACCCGGCGCGAGACCUCGGCCCGCGCCUCUUCACCGCCGUUGCUGGAUGGGGGAUGGAGGUGUUCAGCACUGCUGAUUACUGGUGGUGGAUCCCCGUCGCCGGGCCGCUGGUGGGGGGCGUCGCCGGCGCUGUAAUCUACUUCCUGUUGAUCGAGCUGCAUCACUCCAACCACAACGACAAACCUCACGAAGAGCCCGAGGAAGAGGAGGACGAGGAGGAAGAGGAGGACAGCAGCCUGAAGGACAAAUACGAGAUGAUCAACAUGAGCUAGAAAACCAGAGACGAGGAGAAAUGAGAACAGAAUUCCUGUCGUCAUCAAGUAAAGCUGGUCAUUUUCAUACUGUAACGCUGUUUGUCCAUCAGCAGACGAUUAAAGUAGUUCCACCUCAUUUAGACUCUUUACAGCUCUAAUAAUGAUCUGGGUUUUACUGAAGUGCUUUAACAACACACAAACUUCACAUCUGUACACUGAAAACAUGAUGUUCUUCCUCAGUGUUUCUGUCUUGUUUUCCAGCACAAACAUCUAAACAUUCUUAAAUCAAGAUACAUUUACUGGAGAAGAGAAAUGACUGAAGAUAUUACGUCUUUUUUAAUGGAAAAAAAUCAUCAAAAUGAAGUGAGUUUGACAAUAUCUGCCAAUGACAUCAGAAAAAUCAUCUUGUUUUCCCGUUGAAUUAAGAUUAUUUUUCUGACUCCAUUGGCAGAUAUUUGAUCUUGAUUUAAGCACGAACUCACUUAACUUUGAUACAUUUUCAGUCAUGUUUUUAGUCAUUUUGCUCGAUUUAAGAAUGUUCAGAUAUUUGUGCUGGAAAACAAGGCAGAAACACUGAGGAAGAACAUCAUGUUUUUUGCGGUAUAACGUUGUCCCAUAAUCCUCCACUGUACAGAAAGUGUGAUUUUAUGUUGCUGCUGAAGAUAAUAUUGGACUGAACCCACAAUAAUAGUUUAAAUGGCUUUUUAAAGUGACGGAUGCACUGAAACACGUCAGGAAUUCUGCCCAGAUUUAAGCAAAAAUCACCAAACAAAAGCAUCAGAUUGUCAGAAACAUCCUGCAGACAAGCGUGUGUGUGUGUGUGUGUGUGUGUGUGAAGCUGGCGUCACGUCACACGCGUGAACUGAAACAUAGCGGUUCGUGGCAAAUCUUUCCGUUUGUCAUGAACCUCAAAAGUUUUUCCACUAGAUCACGACUGUUGAGUUUUCAUGUUAACUGUAAGUUGUGUUUCACCUUAAUGUCAUUCAUAUACUUUCUACAUUAUUUAUGUUUAUAAUUAUUGUUUGUGUGUUUGUAGAUCAGGCUUCUUCUAUUGACUUUUUGGUUUUGAAAUCCUUUCGUAAAAAGUAGAUAAACAUCUUUUGUAAUGAAAUCCUAUGACAUCGACUGUAUAUUUGUGUUUUUUGCUGAAAUAAAGAAGAAACUUUUACAGCAAACUGGUCUUUCUUCCAAACACACAUCAGAUGUUUGAGUCGUGUGUUUCUGCUGCCGUCUGCUGAGGGUGAAUGAAGACGUUCAUCUUCACUUCUGUUUUUAUUUUAGUCUUAUCAAUAUAUUUUAGUUCCUAUUUCAGUUAACACAUGCUAAUGCCUUAUAUAAUGUAUAAUGUUUUUUAAAUUAAAAGUAACUAUUCCCUGUUCGGUCCAGAUCACACAUGGUGUGUAUCGGUUAACAUACAACUAGGUAAAAACUACUGUUGACGAAUGUGCUUUAUUGAAUUGUGCUUUAUUAAAAGGUCCCGCCUCUGAUUGAGCGAUGGCCAAUCAUGGUGUGGAAUGUGAUGAAAUUUAGGGACAUUCCAUGCAUCGACUCUAGGACAAAGGAUUAAAAACAAAAACUGAACAUAUUUUAUGGUUUUAGUCUGAAGCAGUGCAUGAUAGUUAUAAUUUAGUUUUUUGUUGUUAAAUGUAAUUUUGAAUUUUAAGUUGAAUUUUUCUUCUUUUCUUGAGUUCAUUGUGUCAGUUUUUGUUGCAUUUUGAGUUAACUUUAAUAACCUUUAUACAGAUUACAUGUUUCAACAGAGAUGAAGCAAAACUUGAUAACAUCUUUCUCUUUCCAUUUAACCUGUUAAUUGAGUCACUUGGCCUGUUUUUUCAUUGCCUUUUCCCCUAUCACAUAUAUUAGUAAUCGUCAUUCAUGAAACUCACAAACACUCAAAAUUCAUCCUGUGAAAACUAUUUUGAAAGUCAAAAUUAUUUUGUAAAAUAUAUAUUUUGUGUACAAUAAAAAGUUUCAUUCAGUACAUUUGAUUUACAGUAAACUUCUCAGACCUUUUAACACUUUUUUUUUUUUGAAGCUGUUUUCACUUCUGCAAUA